UCUCUCUCCUUCAUUGUCUAUAUUUUGGGCCUCAUUGUCUUGCAUUGCUGCCGCUCUUCUCUCCCUCUCUUUCUCUCUCUCUGCAUUUACCCUAAGACUGGACUCUCUUCAUAAGCCGCUCUAUCUCCAGCAGUCUUUUUCAAUCCAACUCUAGUAGGGAGAGGGGGAAGAGUGCGCGUUAUCUGAUCUUUUAUUAUAUCCUUUCCAUUUCUUUCCUUGAUUCUGUCUCCGUUCAUAGGCGAAGAAAUCUGUUCACAUUCAUCUUCACACACUACAUAUAGUACCUAAAAAAAAUCCGACUGGUGGUUCUGUUUUUUCUCAUUUGGUGAGAUGGGUUGCUAUUAAAGCAUAUACAGGAAUAGAUAUUUGCACAGGGAGAGAAGUUGAGUGGAAGAAAGGUUUGUGGGUAUUGAAAUGGCACCAAGCUUUGAUUGUGCAGUGUCGAGCCUUCUCUGUGCAGAGGACAUUUUCUGCGAUGAGGUUGAUUUUGGGGCUGUGGAGGAGGGCUUUGAGCCUUCUUGGAAUCAAAUGGAAAAUAAUCAAAACCAGAACUUUGAUGGUGAAGAGUUGUUGCUGCGUGGGUUGCCAAUGCAGAGUGAUGAGUGCUUGGCCUUGAUGGUCAAAAGGGAAAGUGAGCAUCUGCCUGCCAGUGAUUACUUGAACAGAUUGAGGACUGGGGCCUUGGAUUUGGGGGCUAGAAGGGAAGCUAUUGAGUGGAUUGGAAAGGUUCAUGCCCAUUUCAACUUUGGACCUCUAUCUGCAUAUUUGUCUGUAAGCUACUUGGAUAGAUUCCUCUCAGCCUAUGGAUUACCUAAGGGCAAAGCUUGGAUGAUGCAACUGUUGGCUGUUGCUUGUUUAUCUCUUGCAGCCAAAAUGGAUGAGACUGAGAUUCCUCUGUGUCUGGACUUGCAGGUGGGCGAGUUGACAUUUGUGUUUGAAGCUGUAACCAUACAGAGAAUGGAGCUUCUGAUUUUGAACACAUUGAAGUGGAGAAUGCAAGCAGUCACCCCAUUCUCCUUCAUAGAUAAUUUCCUUAGAAAGAUAAUUGCUGAUAAAAUUCCUCCAAGAUUUUCAAUAAUUCGAUCAACCGAACUCAUAUUAAGCUUGAUAAAAGGGAUUGACUUCUUGGAGUUCAAGCCCUCUGAGAUGGCAGCAGCAGUGGCAAUAACUGUUGCUGGAGAAACUCAAACAGUAGACACCGAGAAAGCGAUUUCUCUUCUCAUUCAACAUGUAGAGAAGGAGAGACUGCUCAAGUGUGUCGAACUGAUCCGCGAGUCAUCAUUGACAGCUGGGUCUAUUAAGGUCGCUAGUGCAUCAUCUGUUCCAUCUGUGCCCCAAAGCCCAAUAGGCGUGCUUGAUGCUGCAUGCUUAAGCUAUAAAACUGAUGACACAACUGUUGGGUCAUGUACAAGUUCAUCUCAUAGCCCUGAAACAAAGAGGAGGCGGCUAAAUAGAUCUUGUGAAGUGGAGAUUUAGAAAGGAUGAGGAGUGGAUGGUCAUUUCUAAUUUAUGGCAAUUUUGGCGGUUUUUUUGGAAAGGGUUAAAUUUAAAAAAGAAAGAAAGAAAUGUCUAAAGGAGAAUUAAAUAAGUUGGAUCAUGAGACGAGUGGGAAUAGAGGAUGGCAUCAAUAUACUUCAUGCUCUUAGCAUGAAGAAAGCUACAGCCACAAGCUGUUAAAUAUUAGACUUCUUAACAGCUAUGGAGGAAGAGAGUUGGAAGAGGAAGUAUAUGGAGGAAGGAAGAAGAGAGCAAGGAAGCAUGAAGAGAGGAAUAUGAGAGUUUUGUUCCAUCUUAGUGUUUAUUUAUGCACAUUUUUUUAUUUUUAUUAUGCUUUGUGGAAAAGUGGGAGGGAAAAAAAGAAAGAAAAAGAAAAAGUGCUCCUUUUCAUGGACAAACAAGAGGAGAUAGGAUUGUAACUAGACUUCAGAAAAGAGGGGAAAAAAAUAUUUGAGCUUGUUUUUUCUGCUUA